AAAAAUUACAAUAAUACCCCCGAAAAUGGCAGAGCGUGUGUCUCUCACACUCAACAGCACCAGCUUCUUCCUCCUUUCUCCUCCUCCUCCCAAAACCACCACAACCAUGUCUUCUUCUCUCCGCACAACCACCGCUGCUUCUCAUCUCCUCCGCCGCUCCUCCUCCUCCUCCAGAUCUACACUCACUCUCUCUUCUUCUAUCUCAUUCACUAGAUCUCUCGUCUCUUCUCCUCUUCUCUCUUCUUCAUCCCUCUCUCAGAAGAGUUAUCGUAACCGAGUCGCGUCGGUGAAUCGGAGUUUUAACUCAACCGCCGCUACGAAAUGUUCAUCAGAUCCUGAUCAGUUGAAGAACGCUAGAGAAGACAUCAAAGAGCUUCUCAAUACCAAAUUCUGCCAUCCAAUUUUGGUUCGAUUAGGGUGGCAUGAUGCUGGAACGUACAACAAGAACAUCAAUGAAUGGCCACAGAGAGGUGGAGCUAAUGGUAGUCUUAGAUUCGAUAUUGAGCUUAAGCAUGCUGCUAAUGCUGGUCUUGUGAAUGCUUUGAAUUUGAUUAAGGAUAUCAAAGAGAAGUACUCUGGGAUUACUUAUGCUGACUUGUUCCAAUUGGCUAGUGCUACUGCUAUUGAGGAAGCUGGAGGACCUAAGAUACCUAUGAAGUAUGGAAGAGUUGAUGCCUCUGGUCCUGAGGAUUGUCCUGAAGAAGGAAGACUCCCUGAUGCUGGUCCUCCUUCACCUGCUAAUCAUCUUAGAGAAGUUUUUUACAGGAUGGGACUAGAUGAUAAGGACAUUGUUGCGUUAUCUGGUGCUCAUACCUUAGGAAGAUCUAGGCCAGAACGUAGUGGUUGGGGGAAGCCAGAGACGAAAUACACGAAAGAGGGGCCUGGCGCACCAGGAGGACAAUCAUGGACACCCGAGUGGCUGAAGUUUGACAAUUCUUACUUCACGGAAAUUAAGGAAAAGAGAGAUGAAGAUCUCCUUGUCCUACCUACUGAUGCAGCCAUCUUUGAAGACUCUUCUUUCAAGGUAUAUGCUGAGAACUACGCUGCAGAUCAGAAUGCAUUCUUCAAGGAUUACGCUGUCGCCCAUGCGAAGCUCAGCAAUCUUGGAGCAGAAUUCAACCCUCCUGAGGGAAUCGUAAUCUAAUGGGGCACCGGCACCUAACUUACUCGUCCAGCUGCGGGACUUGUGAUUUCAGAAGAACUUAGUUCAUAAUGUCAAAGAAGAAUAUAGGAAGGAACCGAGGAACUGAUGUUGAGAGAAGCAACUUUUGCAGAGACCAAAAAGUGUUUUGAUAGUUUUCAGUUUUUCAUGGUUGAAUUGUCAUAAUGGUUUUGGGUUUUCUGAUGUUUUUCCUUGUAAUAAAUUGCGGUAUUAUCCAAAAUCCCAUAAAUUUUGUUCUGACAUUGAAAAAAAGAGUUUGUGUUUUAGAUUCGGAAAAACUCUUAUGACUUAUGAAUAAUAUUUGAUGGAUGCCCAUUAUGGGUCCAUUAGUAUAUUCUAUA